AUGAACGGCCAAACCGGUCUUUCGCAGCAGGCCCUGGCCUCCAACAACAACCAGAACGUCUUCAACAGCGAUGUCUCACCCGAGGAGCUCUACUCCAACGCACCGAUCACCAUCCGCAGGAGGAUCCACGUCAACAUCUCCGGCACCAUGGCCAACUUCCAGAAGCAGGGGGAGCUGGCCGCCACCUGGAAGCCCCGUGAGGGUAAGCAGGCGUCCGUCUUCGGCCUCUACGAUGCCUUUGACAACUCCCUUGAUCACCAGACCGCCACCAACGCGCUGAAGGGGGCGAUGAUCAAGAAGGCCACCGUGCUCGAGUACAAGAGCACCUUCCCCGUGCCGCUGGGCAUCUCCGUCAGCUGCCUGAACCCGGAUGAGGCCACCGACACCGGAGAGAGGUACGUGAUGACCGCCCUCCCCAUGACGACCAACACCAACCCGCUCGUCAUCCACGAGUCCGACAGCUCAUCCAACGAGAGCAUGGAGUGGAGGAGCAAGUACCCCGACUACAACGAGCAGAACCUCGAGACCGAGGGCGUCAUCAACCUCGAUAAGCGCUACUAUAUGUUUGUGCACCAGAACCACCCCGUGAUCGAGAUGCUCAGGUGCAACAAGGACAUGCUCUCGGCCAACAUCGACGAGCAGCCCCUGGUCGACGGCCAGUACUACAAGAUCGCCAACACCGUGAUGAGGGCCAUGUGCAACGCGCUGAGGACCAAGGUGCUCUCCAAGGUAUCCACCCGUGACUUGAACAGCUUCCAGGUGCAGCUCCACCGCAUGAAUGGAAAGUCCUGGGACCGCAUCGGCAAGGACGAGUUCGGGGAUAUCGUGGGGAAGAACGACCAGUCCUCCGUGGAGAAGAUCAACGAGGCCCUCAAUCAGCACUGCACCUUCACCUCCCGCGUGGAGUUGGAGUACGAGAUCCAGACCUAG